CUUUCAUGCAAUUCUCACUCAACGCCUCCUGAAAUCACAUAUAAUCUCGGCUUCAUACGUCUCAUUCUUCUCUUCCGCCGUUAGGUUUCAUUUCUCCUUUAAUUUAUGUCAUUUUCCCGAGAUUUGCAUGGUGAAAUUCGUGUUCUGUUCUUAGAUUUUGUGUUCCUUCAAUUCUCUGUUGCAACCUCUUCGGUUAACCAAGGCAAUUCUUUUCUUCUGAGCGUUCAGCGUGGAGAUUUCUGGGUUGAGUAGGCGUCGGCUCGAGACGGGUUGUCUUUUGAAUCGGGUGUUCUUUCGCUUCUUUUGAGGGGGAUAGCCGGGGCUCCGGCCUCGGCGGGUUCUAAAGCCCCCAUCUUUACGAAGUUGGAGACUUCUAUCUGCAUAAUUCAUCUCUACAAAUAACUUCUCUUUCCUGAUUCAUUACUUCUUUCUUUUUCGGGUUCCAAAGGUAAAUAGAUUAAUCGGGGAAGAGAUAUGCCUGCCGUGGCAUAUUGCAUAGACGCAAUGAACGGCUCUAUUCCGGCGCCGGAGGUGUUUGUCUCCUCAGGCGUGUCUCCGCCGACGAUUGCCAAUUUCUCCCAUUGGUCCCCCGCGCUGUCAUCCGCGCUUUACCGGAUCGACGGGUGGGGUGCUCCGUACAUCACCGUCAAUUCGUCAGGCAAUAUCUCCGUCCGUCCCCAUGGUACGGACACGCAGCCCAACCGAGAGAUCGAUCUUCUCAAGGUAUUGAAGAAGGUUUCGGAUCCGAAAUCAAUGGGGGGACUCGAGUUACCGCUCCCUGUAGUUGUUCGGUUUCCAGAUGUGCUGAAGAACCGUCUGGAAUCUCUACAAUUUGCUUUCAAUUACGCCGUUCAGUCGCAAGGCUACGGGGCUCAUUAUCAGGGCGUUUAUCCAGUGAAAUGCAAUCAGGACAGGUUCGUGGUCGAGGAUAUCGUGAACUUUGGGUCGUCCUUCCGGUUCGGGCUUGAAGCAGGGUCCAAACCGGAGCUCCUUCUUGCCAUGAGCUGUCUCUGCAAGGGAAGCCCAGAAGCCCUCCUGAUAUGCAAUGGCUUUAAGGAUGCUGAGUAUAUUUCCCUUGCUUUGGUCGCAAGGAAGCUUCUUUUGAACGCCGUGAUUGUGCUUGAACAAGAAGAGGAGCUCGAUAUUGUGAUUGAUGUCAGCCGGAAAAUGGCUGUCCGGCCGGUGAUUGGGCUCCGGGCCAAGCUCAGAACCAAGCAUUCCGGCCAUUUUGGGUCCACUUCCGGCGAGAAAGGUAAAUUUGGGUUGACCACAACUCAAAUUUUGCGGGUAGUGAAAAAGCUUGAAGAUUUUGGAAUGUUGGAUUGUCUUCAGUUAUUGCAUUUCCAUAUUGGAUCUCAGAUCCCUUCAACGGCCUUGCUUUCCGAUGGCGUUGGAGAGGCCGCUCAGAUUUAUUGUGAACUAGUCCGUCUCGGUGCCUGCAUGAAAGUCAUUGACAUCGGCGGCGGACUUGGAAUCGAUUACGACGGUUCAAAAUCAACUGAUUCUGAUCUUUCGGUUGGGUAUAGCCUCAAUGAAUAUGCCUCGGCUGUUGUUCAUUCUGUCCGUUCUGUCUGUGAUCGUAAGGGUGUAAAUCACCCUGUUCUUUGCAGCGAAAGUGGAAGGGCAAUUGUUUCUCAUCACUCCAUUCUGGUAUUCGAAGCUGUUUCUUCCAGUUCCCAGAACCCAUCAAAUCUCUCUUCUGCAGAUAUCCAGUCCUUUGUUGAGCUUCUUAAUGAGGAUGCCCAGGCUGAUUAUAGGAACUUUUCUGCAGCCGCAAUUCGAGGUGACAAUGAUACUUGUUUCCUCUAUGCUGAUCAACUUAAGCAGAGAUGUGUUGAUCAGUUCAAGAAAGGAAGUUUGGGCAUGGAACAACUGGCUGCUGUGGAUGGCAUUUGUGAUUUGGUCACUAAGGCCAUUGGUGGAGCUUCUGAUCUCACCUGCACUUAUCAUGUGAACCUAUCAAUUUUCACUUCAAUUCCUGAUUUUUGGGCCAUUGGGCAGUUGUUUCCUAUUGUUCCUAUUCACAGGCUUGAUGAACGACCUGGAGUGAGGGGAAUAUUGUCAGACUUGACUUGUGACAGUGAUGGGAAGAUUAAUAAGUUCAUUGGUGGAGAGUCAAGUUUGCUCCUCCAUGAAUUGGGAGGCAAUAGAGGUGGCGGCAAUGGCGAUGGUGAUGGUGGUGGUGGUGGUAGAUACUAUUUGGGGAUGUUCUUGGGUGGGGCCUACGAGGAGGCGCUCGGAGGAUUCCACAACCUGUUCGGUGGCCCUAGCGUUGUGCGUGUAUCCCAGACUGAUGGCCCUCAUAGUUUCUGUGUGACGCGUGCUGUCCCUGGCCAUUCUUGCGCGGAUGUACUCAGAGUGAUGCAGCACGAGCCCGAGCUUAUGUUCGAGACUCUCAAGCAUCGCGCUGAGGAAUCCAUGCUUGGUCGUGGUGGUGGAGAAGACGACAGGGUAGCCUUUGAUUCCCUUUCCAGCAGCUUUGCUCGCAGUUUCCAUAAUAUGCCAUAUCUCGUGACAACUUCCUCGUCUCGCUGUAGCGAGGUUGUUUGUGCGUCUGCUGAUUCUGCUGCUGCUGCUGAGGAUGAACAUUGGUCUUAUUGUGCCGCUUGAGAUUAAGCGGCGUAGAAUCUCCGUCUUUAGACUGUAGUCUGAGUUAUCUGUUACCUUUAGUUACUAGUUGUAUUAUUUGCUUACUUAGUUGUUCUGGAAAGGAUGCUGUAAUUGCUGUUUGCUUUGCAUCUUUUUCUUUGUGAUUGACAGAGAAGGGAAGUUAAUUCCCCUCCUCUAUUUCUAGUGUUUCUGUAUAAAACUUCUCUGUUCCUAAAUGUUGUUAUGCUUUGUUUUAGUCUCU